GGCACGUAAGCCGACUCUUAAAAACGGUCACAUGUAUUAUUAUUAUAAAUUAGAUAGAAAUCCCCCCCUUUAUUUUUCCAUCUCGUUUAAGAAAAGUUAAAAGAGAAAUAAGGGUGUGGAGAUAGAUUCGAAAACCCGUUAUCGCCCGAAAACCUAAAUAGAGAAAAACCUAAUCUUAUCUCCCCUCUCUCUCACAACCGUUCGAUCUAGGGUUUUCUGAAGAAAGAGAAAAGGAAAGAUGCCGAAGAACAAGGGAAAGGGAGGAAAGAACAGGAAGAGAGGAAAGAAUGAAGCUGAUGAUGAGAAAAGAGAGCUUGUUUUUAAGGAAGAUGGACAGGAAUACGCUCAAGUUCUUCGUAUGCUUGGUAAUGGUAGAUGUGAAGCUAUGUGUAUCGAUAAUGUUAAACGUCUUUGUCAUAUUCGCGGUAAGAUGCAUAAGAAGGUUUGGAUUGCUGCUGGUGAUAUUAUCCUCGUCGGACUUCGCGAUUAUCAGGAUGACAAGGCAGAUAUUAUUCUGAAGUACAUGCCAGAUGAAGCUAGAUUGUUGAAGGCUUAUGGUGAGUUGCCCGACAACAUUAGGCUCAAUGAAGGAAUUGCCAAUCUCGAUGAGGAGGACGAUGGUGGUGCUGAUGACUACAUUGAGUUCGAGGAUGAAGACAUUGACAAAAUUUAAGCAGUUCAAAUGCUUGUACUAUUAAUGUUGAACCUUAUAUUGCCCAACUAUAUGUUUGAGUUUGAUCAAAGUUUGUACUAUUCUCUUUUACAUGAAUGAAUCAUUACUAUUUUGUGUGGCAAUGUUUAUGCUCAAGGCUCUCGAUGCGUUAAUAAAUUUGGGUCUUAUUUCGAUC